AUGUGGUUUAAUUUGACGACAAAGUCAAAAGUCGUCGCCUUUUUCACGGCUUUUUUCGCGGAUUCCGCUGCUAUACUUAUCCCACCUCCGGCGGAAGAAAAUCGAUUAUUAGCUUGCACGAAACCCUUUCAUUUGGAGACUUGGAUUGCUUUGAUCGCGCUAGUGACUAUUCUACCAGUAAUACUCUGGAUUUAUUUCAAAUUUUUGUGCCCCCGUUACAAGGCAAAAUGCCCCGUUUUAAUGAAAAACCAAUUUUUCAUUCUCGGAGUUCUCAUUGGUCAAUCUGGUCAAAAAUUGCCCUCUAUUGGAUUUUCGCCUCGUUUGCUUGGAAUUGUUUGGUGUUUAAGUGCUGUCGUGUUUGCCAGCGCUUACGUCGCGAUCCUGAUCUCCUUUCUGCGUUUCCCUAAACUAUCGUCCAUCAUCGACCGACUGGAAGAUCUGCCCGGAUCUCAUCUUCAGUGGGUUGUGCAACGCGGAACAGCUCUAGGUCCUCUUUUUAUUGAAGCUACAAAUGGGAUUUACAAAACUAUCGGAGAGGGGUUAUUGAGUAAACGAGGUGGCGCUCUUAUUGAUACGCAUUUUGACGGAAUUCUCAACGUCGUUAAUGGGAAUUGUGCAUACAUUGCAUACAAAUCGAGUCUCAAGCCUGCAGUUAAUGAAGAUAUCCGUCAAUCGGGCACUUGCCGUAUCGGUAUUGCCAAACAAGGAUUCUUUGAGGGUUCUUCAGAUGAUGGAAGCGGGUCUUGGGAUUUAUUGGAAGAAAGUUUAUUGGCCUCCAUCGGGUAGUAAAUGUGGUGACGUCAGGCAAUUUGAUACCGGACCGAAAUACCUCCGAUUGUCAGAUUUACAAGGCGCUUUUCUUAUUUUAACCGUCGGGUCGGGAUUGGCUUUUUUUAUCUUUU